GCAACCCAGGAAGUAGUAAGGCGGGAGGUCCGGCUGGAAUGGCGGGCAGGGCAGAAUCCGAGGUGCGGGUGGCGGAGGAGACGUUGCGCGCCUGGGAACGUGACCAAGCACAGCUGAAGGCAGAUUUAAUUGAUCAGGACACCCAGGAGUGGCAAAGCACCCCCUCCUUUGCUGGACUGGAGAGAGUUGGAGGAGUGGAUCUGUCUUACAUCAAAGGAGAUGACACAAGAGCCUGUGCUUCACUGGUGGUGCUCAGCUACCCAGAACUUGAGGUCCUGUAUGAAGACUGUUGCAUGGUAGCUGUGAAUGCCCCAUAUGUGGCAGGUUUCCUGGCCUUCAGAGAAGUCCCUUUUCUUGUGGAGGCCGUGCAGCGGCUAGAGCGAAAAGAGCCUGGUCUCAGGCCCCAGGUCCUUCUCGUAGAUGGAAAUGGCAUUCUCCACCACAGAGGCUUCGGCAUUGCCUGCCAUCUCGGUGUGCUCACAGGCCUCCCCUGCAUUGGUGUAGCCAAAAACCUCCUGCAGGUUGAUGGUCUGACCAACGACGAGCUGCACAAGGAACAGAUCCAAGACCUUCAGGCAGGAGGAGACACAUUCCCCCUAUUGAGUACUUCAGGGAAAAUCUUGGGUAUGGCUUUGCGCAGCUACGCCAAGAGCACCAAACCCGUGUACGUCUCUGUGGGCCACAAGAUGAGCCUUCUGUCCGCUGUGCAGUUAGUGCACUCCUGCUGCAGGUAUCGGGUUCCUGAGCCCAUCCGGCAGGCCGACAUAAGAUCCAGAGAGUACAUCCGGAAACAUUUGGAAGCCGUCUCUGCAUCACCUCAGCCAGAGAGGAUGAGUGAAGAUGCAGACUCUGAACAUUAAUGAAGCAUUGAGGACGUUCUUCAAAACCUCUUUCUCUAGGACAAGUGACAGAACAACCUCCCAGCUGCCUUGCGACUCCUGCUGACUUCCCUGUGCAGACGUUCAGCAGAAGGAACAACGGAGCUUCAGUGCCCUGAUCCCCCAGUCAUACA